ACCAUCCUGUUUUUCCCCCUUCCCCUCACCACACACUUUCGGCUCCGCUGCUCAAAACCUCAAAACCUCACUCCGAGAGACUGAAGUCGGGGAAUCAUUGAAGCCAUGAAAACUACCAAUUCAUCUUCUCUUUGCCUCCUGCUUCUUUUCCUAACAUUACGAGCCUCUGCAACUGUAACUGCGGACCACGACACUUCCAGUGCCACCAGCAUCAUCUUCACUACACUGGGCAGGUCUUUCUACGCCUUUGACAUCUACUCCCUCCCUGUUCUGGACCGACCCAAACCUCAUCACGAAAUUCGAAUUACUGAUGGCCACUCCGUCAAUUUCAAUGGUCAAUUCCCUUCUCCGUCUUCUUCCUCCGUCCUUCUCUCCCUCUUGCCCAAUCAUACUUCCAUCCGGCUCCGGUCUGACCCGCUUCCCCUGCAACUCGUCUAUGUCACCGAAAGAGUUGAUGGCAUCUCUAACAUAUACUACGAUGUCGUUUAUUACGAGGAUGCUAGAAAUGUAAGAAGAAGAUCGGCCCUUGAAUCCGUCGCAGAUAGAAUUCAAGUACCUCUGUUGGGCGAUGACCUGAGCGAGAAUCGAGUUUCCAUGAAAGAUAAGCCCACUUUGACCGGAGAGUAUUUGGUGUAUGUGUCGACACACGAGAAUCCGGGCGUGCCAAGGGCCAGCUGGGCUGCGGUUUAUUCGACCCACUUGAAAUCUGGUUCGACUCGGAGACUUACUCCUUAUGGGGUUGCAGAUUUCAGUCCAUCAGUUUCCCCGUCUGGGAUUUUCACCGCAGUAGCUUCCUACGGUCAGAAAGGUUGGGCAGGUGAGGUUGAGGAUCUCACUACUGAUAUCUACGUUUUCUUGACUCGGGAUGGAACUCAACGAGUCAAGGUGGUUGAACAUGGAGGUUGGCCAAGUUGGGUGGACGAUCGUACUAUUUACUUUCAUCGGAGGGGCGACGAUCAGUGGUGGAGCGUGUAUCGGGCAAUUUUACCUUCCGAGGGUCCGAUUUCAGCUGAUUCUGUGAAGAUUGAACGGGUCACCCCACCGGGUAUCCACGCUUUCACACCCGCCACCUCACCCGGAAACAGGAAUUUCAUAGCAGUAGCUACGAGAAGGCCAGGCUCCAGCUAUCGGCACAUCGAGUUGUUUGACCUGCUUAAGAACGAGUUCAGGGAACUGACUCGUUUGGUGUCUCCCCAUGCCCACCACCUUAACCCGUUUAUUUCGCCGGAUGCUUCGAGGGUUGGGUACCACAAGUGCAGAGGAGAGCCCAAUACGAAGGAUAGUCCCCAGUUCAUGUUAGAGAAUGUCCGAAGUCCGAUACCCGGUCUCACUCUUUUCCGCUUCACGGGUUCAUUUCCGUUCUUCUCGCCGUCGGGUGAUAGAAUAGCUUACGUUGAUAUGCCUGGGGUUUAUGUCGUAAAUCGGGACGGCUCGAACAGGCGUAAGGUUUCCGAUGCAAUGGCCUUCUCGACCUCGUGGGACCCAGUUCGUCCAGGAAUAAUCUACACAGCCACCGGACCAACAUUUGCGUCUGAGAGCUCGCAAGUUGACGUCAUCUCCAUCAACGUUGAUGAUUUUGAUCAGUACAGUCAAAAGAGAUUGACCCUCGACGGGAAAAACAACGCUUUCCCCUCACCCUCCCCCGAUGGUAAAUGGAUCGUCUUCCGAUCGGGUCGAUCGGGGCAUAAGAAUCUAUACAUAAUGGACGCCGUUGAUGGAGAGAGAGGUGGGCUUCAGAGGCUAACGGAAGGCCCAUGGACGGACACGAUGUGCAGUUGGUCACCAGAUGGCGAGUGGAUCGCUUUUGCAUCGGACCGAGAAAACCCAGGAAGUGGGAGCUUCGAGCUGUACCUGAUCCACCCGAAUGGAACCGGACUGAGGAAGCUGAUACAAAGCGGAUCAGGAGGCAGGACAAACCACCCGUAUUUCAGCCCGGAUGGGAAGAGUUUAGUGUUCACCUCUGAUUAUUCGGGCAUAUCAGCGGAGCCAAUCUCAAACCCGCAUCAUUACCAGCCAUACGGUGAGAUCCAUACCAUAAGAUUGGACGGGUCGGGUAUAAAGAGACUAACCCAUAAUUCAUAUGAGGAUGGGACACCGGCUUGGUCCCCCAAGUAUAUUCCUGUCACCAACGUGGAGGAGCCGAAGCGAGGGCCUUAUUGCUCAUUUGAAGAUUGCCAUUGGCUCAAUAACUUCCCAAAUACAAGCACUGCAGGUGAAGCCGCUGCUAAUGUUCAGUGUGGUGUGUAGGCAAUGGCCCUUCAUGCUGUGUAUAAGAGUACGAACCUUUUACUUCUUUUGUCAUGUAAAUUGAACUACUUAUUGUUUGCUUGAUAUCCGAUAUGAUGUUAGAAAAUGGAUGAUUGUAUAUUUGUAUGUCGAGUAAAACGGACAGUUUUAGUACUUAUUGAAACUCUUCAUUUUAACUGUUUUCUCGUAGCAGUACAAAGGAAGGAGAUUUAUUUGUA